CUUUCUUUUAUUAAGUGAGACAUUAUCUAUAGCAUUUCUACAGAGCCUGAUUCUCGUACACAGCAUAAAACCAUAAUGUGGACUGAUUGUUGUUGUUGACGAGCUGUGUUAAAAAUCCAUUUGCACUAAAAAUAAACUUUAUAACAUCAAUUUAGCCAUUAUGCCCAUUGGUCGCCGCUCGUUAUAUGCAAAUGACUUUGAAGUACUUCUAAUUGUUGUACGGUUGUGUCCUAUGUAUUUAAUCAUGAAUAUUAUUAUUAUUGCGAUAAUAAUUUAGUAACGAUAAUAAUGAAUUAAUUGUUAUUUAUAUUUCAUAAUAAUUAUAAAAUAGAUUGUAAUAUUAUAUUGUAUUUUUAAGCAUUUGUUAGAUUUGUCUGAUUAAUUCAAUUUAAAAUGCAUCUGAUCUAACCAGAAAUAACGAUAUAUGUAAGAGCUAGAUUUAACCAUCUCACCUUUAGAUUAAGACCACGAGACUGGGUAUCAACCAUAUAGUAAUAUUAUCAAUUCGCCGUAUUAUCAAUUACAUUUCACCUAUGCUUAAAAUCCCCCAACGCAGUCAUGUUAUUGACAUCAUUCACGAGAAAAACAGGUUAAAUUCAUACUGGAAUAACGAGGACCGUUUUCCUCCCAGCCCUCUUUUCUCCCUCCCUCGUUCCUCCCACACAGACACGCGACCCCCUCCCUCGCUCCCUCUCUCCCGUCUCUCUUUUCCAUCCACUCUCUUUUCUACAACAAACAUGGCCGCGAAAUCAGACGGCACAGCCGUUUCUUUGCAGAUUGACAUUCCGCCAACGUGCCUGCCCGGUCCGGAGAAUCCGCCACAGUGCCGUCCCGUCGGGAAAGAGUUUUCUCUCCUGGACUGCUGCUGGACCCUAUGCGCCCUCUUGGUGUUUUUUUCGGACGGUGCUUCAGACCUGUGGCUGGCUGCCGACUACUAUCUCAGGCGGGACUACUGGUGGUUCGCGCUGACUCUCGUUUUCAUCCUCAUUCCGUCCGUCGUGGUGCAGGUGCUCAGUUUCCGAUGGUUCGCGUACGAUUACUUGGACUCGAACGGAAGCGGCACGGCCGCGGCUGCUAUGGUAGCGGCGUCCAAUGGGGAGAGUCGGUUCAGCACCAAGGACAGCGAACAACGGGGCGCUGGCCGUUCCGCUGUGGUCACCGGAACCCGGAGCAGGGCUGAGACGUGCUGCAGAGCAUGUGUGUGGCUCUUUCAAAGCAUCGUGCAUAUUUUUCAGCUGGCACAGGUGUGGAGGUAUGUUCAUGCCUUAUAUUUGGGUGUGCAAAGCCGCUGGCGUGGAAGCCAUGAACACAAGCAUUUCUACUGGCGAAUGAUGUUUGAGAGCGCUGAUAUCAGCAUGCUGAGGCUGUUGGAGACCUUUAUGAAGAGCGCCCCUCAACUCGUUCUGCAGCUCAGCAUUGUGGUCCAGACCAGCCAGGUUCUGCCCCUGCAGGGUCUGUCUGCAUCAGCCUCUCUGGUGUCUCUGGGCUGGAUGAUGGGAUCUUACCAGAAGGCGUUACGGGACUCCCGUGACGACAAGCUCCCCAUGUCGUAUAAAGCUGUGAUGGUGAACGUGCUGUGGCACCUGUUCACAGUGGGAGCCCGUGCCAUGGCCUUUGCUCUUUUUGCCUCCAUCUUCCAGCUCUACUUUGGCAUUUUCAUCGUGGCCCACUGGUGCGCCAUGACCUUCUGGAUCAUCCAGGGCGAGACCGACUUCUGCAUGUCCAAAUGGGAGGAAAUCAUCUACAACAUGAUGGUGGGCAUCGUGUACAUCUUCUGUUGGUUCAGCGUGCGUGAGGGCCCCACGCGGUGCCGUCUGCUCCUCUACAGCCUCAUAGUCCUGGUUGAGAACGUGGCCCUUACUGCCAUUUGGUACAUAUACCGCAGUCCACGCACCUCAGACUUCUACGCUGUGGUGAUAGUUUGUGUGGUAGCCUGCAGCUACGCCCUGGGCACGUUUUUUAUGUUUGUCUAUUACUGCCUGCUGCAUCCUGACGGGCCUGUGUCUGGGACCUAUAUUGGAUGCUGUGGGGUGCAGGUGGGUGCUGUUUCAGAUCCAUGUAUCUCUUCUCCCACCUCUGCCGCCCCUUUGGAUGCAGUGAGCAGCCCGCCACGGACACUGCAGAGGACUAAAGGAGGUGAGUCUGUUGCUGGCGGAGACAAUGGGGACGUUUUUAAAGUGCGUCCCGUUGCGGGCUCACGAACCCCCGCACCCCGCCUCACCCCAAGGACAGAGGGUCCGGUAAUUCGCAUCGACCUGCCAAGGAAACAGUACCCAGCGUGGGACGCCCACUUCAUUGAUCGCAGACUGCGAAAGACCAUCUUAGUAUUAGAAAGUGCGGCACCGGUCACACCAAGGAUCCAGUACCGGUGUCUAGGCACACCGAAGGAGGUGAUGGAGUAUGAGACGACAGUCUGAACGUUAGCGAUGCUCACAAGAUAGAUUAGCUGCUUAUCUUGUUUAAAUUCAGGAUGUAAUGUGUGCAAAGUGUGUCUUCUCUAGCUUUAUUUGGUGGAGAUGCAGUAGAUGUUUGGGAGAGGGAUGGGAAACUUUGCAAGGCCCCCGUGUUGGCCUGGCAUGAUGCACCGGUGUCUGGAAAAGAGCCACCCUGUGGUGACAUCCGAUAUUACCAGAGGUUAUUGGGUUGGGAGGUUGUGCGGGAAGCCAAAUGCUAUGCGGUUCCAAACAAAAAAACUGGUAGAUCACAAAAGCAACAAAGACAAUGUAUGUUGAACAAAACAACCCUUUCAGUGUGAUACAUCAAAAGUGAUGGUGCUUAAACAGAUCAUAAACACCCUUCUGGAUGUUUUAAAAACUCUCGUGGCUACUGGCCUGAACAGCAUUUACUGUAUCUAAUCGGUAGUAAUGUGUUUUGUUCCUCUGAGGUUGUGAUACCAAGGCCUUAAUAACUUUAAUCUUGGCCAUUCAGCAUCUGAAAGGUGCAUUUCAACCAUCUUCAGCGGCUUUUCUGUCUAAAACAUUGAGGAUUAUGAGAACAAAUUGUGUCCACGGUUCUUUCUAUAAAUUAAAAUUAGCUACUGAAAAAGCUCCUGAUAAAGUUAUCAUGCAUUGUUAAGCACAGAAUGUAAUGCCAUCGAGGACAAAUUUCAAUCAUACGAUUUCUAAUCUCCUCUUUUGAUUUGUAAAAAGACCAUUAUUCAGCAUUGAGGUCACUUUUAAGUGGACAUUUUCGCUGCUUUUCUUUUUUUUGUAAAUGUUCUCAAAGGACAUUAGUAUCUUAAUAGAGAUAAUAAGUCUGAUGCUUUAAAGUGGUUAGGUGCAUCUUCAGUUAUAAUGUUUCUCUCAAGGUCAAGGAAUCCUGAUUAUUUAGGAAGUUUAUUUAUUGAAUGCCUGACAUUCAAAAGGGAAUAUGGUCGUACAGCAGCAUUUUAAAAAGGACAUACUUGUCUAAGCUAACAAACAUCUGAGAGUUCAAAUGUUAAACUUGCUCAUUGUACUGAUGUCAGUUGAAAGAAUGAAAAUCGUACAGCAUAUGUUUACAUGUUUUGAAACUGUUCUCUUUUUACGAUUCAUUAAUGAUUCAUAAAAAUGUAAUCAGCAGUAUGAUUAUGCCAUUUCAUGUCAUUUGCAUUAGCCUAUGUAUUUGCAAUAAUACUCAUAAAUGUUUCAAUUGUGAAUUGUACGUUUGAAAAUGCAUAUGAAGAAAUCUGCACAGUGUCUUCUGUCUUAUUAUUAUAUAUUACUUCAUUUACAUGUUUUUAAUGACUCUUUGGGUUUUAUUGUGGUUUUUACUUUUUAUAUUUAGGCCAUCAAUAAAUGUUUCUUUAUUGGAGUAACACUGUUCUAGAACUCAAAUGACAGCUUUGGUGAGAACAUGUCAUCAUUUUUAUUUGACUUUAUAUGGCUGUUUGAUAGGAAAAUUUUCAUUAUUCAUUCUGAUAUGUUGACUGAUAUCAUGUUAUCGCUAGGUCUGUUAACUCAUUGAAACAAAAACACUUUUGGCAUAACUGUUAUGUAUGUCUGUUUUGUACUGUGUUACCAUGUUGGUGCUAGCUGGACCACCUCAGCACAGCUUCUGUAUGCUAUCAAUGUGGAUCAUAUUCAUUCACUCUGGUUAAUGCUGGAUUUUACCAUAGACGCAAUGAAAGACGUUAAGCCUUACACUGCACCUGCAAGACUGUUGCUGUCGAGUACAAAAAACAACAAAAAGUUGAACUUCAGUCAUGUGUUUUAUUUCGAAAAUAAAGCAAAGUUGUGUGUUUACUGACCUGACCAAAACAUCAACAAAUUGUGUUUUGUUGUGCUUUUAAUGUUAAACUGAACUGUACAUGUCAUAAAAACUAGUUUUAAUGCACUCAUGUGGAAAUUAGCUAAAUAGCUUUUAUCCAAGCUUUUAUCACCCACUGUUUUUUCCUGAAGGAAAUGAACCCAUUACUUUGGAUACCUAGGUAUACUGGCAUCCUAAUUCUAACAUAUCCACACAAUCGAUAAUCCGAACAGUGCCAUUCACAAUUUGGUACCAAUUGGCAUUCACAAGCUUUUAGAACUCUAAACUGUAUUAUGUAAUAUGUACAUGCUGCCAAGCAUGGCGGAAGUCUCAUCCAAGGUUUUCCCUACCAUUUGGCUGGUACUGUAUAGGGCCAAUGAUGCUUAAAUAUGAAUCACCUAGGGCUGAAUGAAUUUGACUAGAUCAAAAAGAGACAGAUGGCUGUAAAAAUAAAAGAAAUGAAUUUAAAAAGUAUUUCAGCACACUGCUUAGUUUUUAGGAUCAGUGCACAAGUAGAUUAUGAAAUAAUAAUUCUAGCUGUACUAUGUCUGAUAAUGUAUUACUAGUAUUG